AAUAUUUCUUGAUAUACUUUAUGAACAACUAGGGCGAAGAAGAUAGAGACAAAAUAUCAAAAUAAACAAAAGCAACAAGGUCUCGAAUCAUUUUCCUUCCGAAGAAGAAGUCGGUUGCCUAGCGACCCGUUGACCACGGACAAGCUAGGUUUUCAGCUAACACAUGGAGUUUGUGAACCAACACAGCAUAUAAAUGCCUCUUAAGAGAAGAGGACCUUUGCAACUUAUCCAAAGAGAAGCGGACGAAGUCAAGAGACAGGUGGACAGUCUGGUGAAAGAUGUGCGGAGUAAGCUUGAAACCAAUGAAGAAGCAUUUAGAAGAUGUCAAGAGCUGCAGAUAUCUGCAGAGAAAACAUUAAAGUCACUCCAGAAACUGACAAAGGCUGAUGAGCUGGCUCCUGUGGGGAACUAUGACGAGAGAAAACAAGAAGAAGAAAGGCGAUUGCAAAACCUCCUGGACAGUCUGAACACACUUGCUCUGGACCUGUCACCCCCAGGACCCAGCAAUGAAGCACAGAAUGCUUUCAAAUAUGUUGAUGGUGUUGAUGAAGAUGAUGACCAAGACAACAGUGAAGAUGAUGACGAUACUGAUAAUGGCGUGGGUGAAGAUGAAGAUGGGAGCAAGGCUGCCAUGUUGUUAUCUCAGUCAGAUCCGCAAAUCUACAAAGUCCUGAGUGAUUUCAAAGGAGAGCAGGAAGGAGAUCUUUCUGUUCAGAGGGGGCAGGUGUUAAGGAUAAUCAGGAAGACAGCAGAUGGAUGGUGGCUGGCUCAAGACACCAAAGGCAACAGAGGGGUGGUUCCAAAAACCUUCCUGAAGUCCGGGUCUGGUGUUGAUCAAGAAGAUGACAACGAAGAAGAAAAUGAUGAUGAUGAAGAUGACGAUGAUGGUGAUAAUGAUGAUGAUGAUGAAAAGGAAGAGUCAGAAGAGGAGAAAGAUGAAGAUGGUGAAGGGCCAGUUGACAGUAAAGAAAAACACAGCAGUACCUCCCACUGGUCAACCAUCAGAAAGCCUCUUACUAAGGUUGAUGCAACAGAUGUGCUCUCGGCCAUGGGAGCAAUACCCUCAGGAUUCAGACCAUCAACUCUCAGUAAGCUGCUGGUAGAAGAAGGUGUAACAUACCGAGGAAGUCACUAUAUUCAGCCUGAGCUCAGCCAAUCUCAGCUCUCCUUUAAGGACCUCUUCCUGGACCCUGACAGUGGCAGAGUUCGGGCUCGCCAGGUCAGAACUUGUGUUUGUUUCACUCUGUGGAGCUGCAGGAUGAUUCCCACUCCCGGGGUUGGAGUUCAGGUUCUGAGCAGGCACAUCCGCCUCUGUGCAUUUGAUGGAGUUCAGGUGUUGAGUAACAUCCACACUGUCCGGGCAGCCUACAACCCCAAGAGCCCAAAAACCUGGAGCUUCUCUCCAAGGAUGACUGGCAUGCUGCCUACCCUCCUGGAUGGGGACUGUUUCCUGCGUUGCAACUCUCAGUCUCCUAACCUGGGAGUCCUCUUUGAACUCGGGGUCACUUUUAUACGAAAUUCAACAGGAGAGAGAGGAGAACUGAGCUGUGGCUGGGCCUUCCUCAAAUUAAGCGAUGAUGCUGGAAAUCCACUCCUUAACAGGACCUACGAGCUGCCAGUGAAUGGUGGUACUCCCUAUGAGAAGGAUGUGUCUGUGGCAGCAGCUGGUCUUAAAGGAUCUCCCGGUAGUGUUUUCCAGCAGAUGCUCCAGGCCAGACGGCAGGCCAAACUGAUCAUAAAGCUGAGGUCGGUCAGCAGUCGGACCAGAACGCAGCUCAGUGUCCUCCCAGACACUCUCUUGCACUGUGUGAGCUGCGUCCACCUGCUGGUGCUGCACAGGCAGCUGCUGGCCGACACGCUGCUGAUGGACAGGCCCACCAUGCAGGAUGCAGAUCUUAUUUGCAGUCCGGUACUUUCGACCUUUCCUGAGCUGUUGGACCAGGUAGAUCUGCUGGAUGUUCUCCGGAGUGCCUGGCUGGAGGCUGAGACCAACAUGAGCAGGGCACAAAAGAGAGACCUUCCAUAUCUAAAACAGGAGUUUAUCAAAGUCUACAUGUCGUCCGUCUAUUUCCUCCUCCACUCUGCCUCGUUGCCAGACUAUCGCUGGGCAGACCCCUCCUCAGAGGAGCAGAGGGCCAGAGUCAUCUUCUCCAACCUCGAGGCUCUCAAAACCCACCAACGCACCAGCGGCCAGUCGGGAGGCCUGGAUAUGUUUUUUGACCCAGUGCAUUCACAUCUGGGUUUCGACGUGACAGAACUGACCUUCGAUCUCCUCCGUGCGUCACGCUGAAGGAAACUGCACCCGUCACAGCAAAAGUGCCAUUUGAUCGCUUUUCAUUUAAGACAAUGACAGCUUAAAUACAUUUAAAAAAAAUCUUAAGUUGGCUUUAUUUUAUAAGAUGUAUCUCAUUGUGCUCAUGUGCUCAGAGCAAUGGUUCAAGUAGAGGUAAGGACUUUGUUGAAUACAAACCAGCUAAUUCCUCAGGAUGUUGCAAUAACUGUAACUGUCAGAGUUUUUCUUUUGCUGACAAAUAUUCAUUGAGUCAGAGAACAUCCACUGCAACCCGUCCGUUUACUUUGUUCACACGUUGAUUGUGACUCAAAAACGGUUUAUUUGUUUUGAUUCAUUGCUGUAUUAAUAAAUAGCAUUAUGCUCUUUUUAGAUUUUCUGUAAAAAUAACAUUAUUUGCUUGGUUCAUCACAGUUUUGUAAUAAGCCUGAAGCUGAUUUUACACAGGCUGAUUUUUCACCCAACCAGUCAUCUCCACCCAUUAGUUCAACAUCAAGUAUUGUUUGAGGUAGUGUGGUGUAGAGUUACAGCAGAGGAGUGGGAAGGGGUUAAUAAUUAGUUGGCUGCGGGUUUUUUUUUUAGCCUGGUAUAAAAGAACAGGAGCAGCAGAAGGCUGGGUCAGAUGGAUUGUGGUUUCACAUUCUCAGCAUGUUUAAAGUUAUUUCACCUUUUCAUUAAUUGUAUAAUUUGUUUGACAAAACAACAGACAUUUCGCCCUAAAUAAACACAGAUAUACA